UGUAACACCUGACCUCCAAAGAUACCACACUGGUGAGGUCCAUGCAACUGGUGAGGUCCGUACAGCUGCUAAGGAAAAGGGCGGAGCUGUGACCGAUGAGUGGCAUAAGAAGGGACCAGGACAACUACCUGGGGUCGAACCCUGAAGAGCGUUUGCGAAAGUGAGGCUACACGAUUGGUACUACACUGCUGGAUAGCGACUAAUAUUUGAAGCCCGUUUGAUCAGCGGCAGCCGUCGUCGUCUUCAGUAGCCAUACAACGGGAGUUCGAGACUGCGAUUUAGCUUCUAACAAGGCAUACAAUAAAGAAAGCUUUUAAUCAUUACUACUGUCUCUUAAGCAGUCUUCCUUGCUUAGUGCAGUAAAGGGAAUUAAUGAACAGAAUUAAAACGAUCGAUGUGAAGGUACAAGAAAGCGUAUCGAAGUACUCUACUCGAAGUCUUGCAAGGAGCAGCCAGAUGCUAAAUCCAAAGGCGACAGCUUACGAGCCAGACGGGAGCCGGUCUCACCGGUUAUAUGUCGUCAUCAAGAGCGACGGAAGCACAAUUCGAAGUGCGUUCGUAUUUUUGGGCUGCGUGUCAAAAACAUUUAACGAAGAGCGAUACCAGGCACCAAGCUCUGAAGUUCUGGAUUGUUCACUAGUGGUCAGCUUGUGUCAGGCUGACAAAGGCUGCGAGCAGUGAUCGAGCGUGGGGAGAAUCCUGAAGAUACUGGGCAGGCCCGAAAUGGUACCUCCCUAUGUUUAGGCAAGCUGACCCUGGGAAUUGAGAAGCUUUUAGAAGUACAGUUGUGGCCGCAAGACGGGGGAGAUCGUUUGGAGAGAUUUGAGAAGAAGGGCUCAGCAGUGUGAGAUGAGAAGUGAUGCUGCCAUUCCAGUGGACUUGUAGAGAUAGCUGCCAGAGGAGAUACUAGGCUGACAAACACACCAUGGAGAAGAGAGUCAUGAACAUUAAAGAAGAGGACUGUGAAUGUGAACUCUAUAGUCAGUCGCGUUUGUACAUUAAGUCAGAGGACUUUGAGUGGGAGUCAGUGGGCAUUACAAAAGACUCAGGGCAGACAUCUGUGUGUAUUGAUGUACAAAAAUGUGAAUUUAAAGACAUCAUCAAGGAAGAGGACCGUAAAUCAGAGUCUAUAUUUCAGUAUGGUUUUCAAGAUGAAGAAAUGACUGAAGUAGCCUCCUUGCAAGACAGGCAGUGUUCUUUUCAGGGACAUUCUGUCAGUGUGAAAUCUGAAUUUUUAAUGUUGGACAUGGAGAAAGUAUCAAGGAGAACAAAGGGAGAUCAUCUAACCCCUUCAAGUCCUUUUGGAGAAAGGUUACAAGAUAGUAACUGCUUCACUUCACCAUCCUUUGCUGAUUCCUCUCUUCAGAGCAGAGAACAACAGCCAGCAUGUGAAGAAAAUGUCAAGCAAUUAACAUCGGGAGCAGCCACAUUGCAGUACAAUUCUUUACAUGUUGUAAAACUAACAGACUGCCUUGGCAACCCUCAACAGGCACAAAAUACAAGUCCAGUGUCCCUGCGUGCCCGUCAAAAGCCAAAAAAAAGGUUUAAAAGAAAAUCAAAUAAUAAAGAUCCACAGUCAAAUCCUUCAAAACAGAAGCCACGUUACUGUUCUGAAUGUGGCAAGCAGUUUUCCUGUGCAAGUAGUAUUCGGAUACACACAAGAAUUCACUCAGGAGAGAAACCAUACUGCUGUUCUGAGUGUGGGAAGCGAUUUUCAGACAGCAGCCACUUUCAGAGACACAUGAGAAUUCACACUGGCGAGAAGCCAUACGGCUGUUCUGAAUGUGACAAACGAUUUUCCUGCAGUAGCAGUCUGCAGGUACAUACAACAAUUCACACUAGCCAAAAGCCACAUUGCUGUUCAGAAUGUGGAAAACGAUUUUCUGACAGUAGAAGUCUGCAUGCACAUUUAAGGGUUCACACUGGAGAGAAGCCUUUUUACUGCACUGAAUGUGGGAAACAAUUCUCGUACAGCAGCAGUCUUCGGAGACACAAACGACUUCACACUGGAGAGCAGCCUUACUGGUGCUCUGAAUGUGGCAAACAGUUUACUGACAGUUCUAGUCUUCAGGUGCAUGCAAGAAUCCACAUUGGGGACCAGCCCUACUGCUGCUCUGAAUGUGGCAAACGAUUCACCCGCAGAAGCAGUCUACUAAGACACUCAAGAAUUCACACUGGAGAGAAACCAUAUGGCUGCUCUGAAUGUGGAAAAAGAUUCUCAGAAAGAGGUACUCUUCGGAAACACACAAGAAUUCACACUGGAGAGAAACCAUAUAGUUGUUCUGAAUGUGGCAAGCGAUUCUCAGACAGUGGCAGUCUUCAGAUACAUGCCAGAAUUCACUCUGGAGAGCAGCCCUUCUGUUGCUCUGAAUGUGGCAAACAGUUCUCCCAAAAAAGCACUCUGCAGAUACACAAAAGAAUUCACUCGGGAGAGAAGCCCUUCUGUUGUUCUGAAUGUGGAAGACGAUUCUCCCGCAGAUGCUCUCUUCAGAGGCACUCGACAGUUCACACAGGAGAGAAACCACACUGCUGUACUCAAUGUGGCAAGCGAUUUUCCAGAGCCAGUAGUCUUCAGGUUCACACAAGAAUUCACUCGGGAGAAAAACCCUAUUGCUGUCCUGAAUGUGGCAGGCAAUUCUCCGACCGGAGCACUUGUCGCAUGCACCGAAGAAUUCAUUCCGGAGAGAAACCACACUGCUGUUCUCAAUGUGGCAAGCGAUUUUCCAGUGCUAGUAACCUGCAGGUACACAUGAGAAUUCACUCGGGAGAAAAACCAUAUUGGUGUCCUGAAUGUGGCAAACGAUUCACUGACAGUAGCAGUUUUCGUAUACACACAAGGUAUCACUCUGGAGUGAAACCGUAUUGCUGUGCUGAAUGUGGCAAACAGUUCUUCACCAGCAGCCACUUUAAAAAACACAUGAGAAGCCACAGUGGUGAGAAGCUGUAUUGCUGUUCGGAUUGUGAUAAACGCUUCUCCGAUCAUCUCGAUCUCCAAAGACAUGCAGGAAGUCAUGUGACAAAAAAAGCUGAGAAAUAGAAGAAUGUAGAAACUUGAAUUGUACUAAGUAUCUCCCUGACUGCUCGGGAUUUGAUAUAUUUGUAUAUUUUCACCAUAAUGAGGUUUGAUAUUGUUUCUAUUUUAUGUGGCUUCCUGGAAGAAGAUGCCCAGUACACCCUGCACUGAAAGAAAUGAAGGCCAUAUGAGUAGAGCAACAUUUUCAGGUAAAGAGAUGAACUUGAAUGUGAUGUCAUAUUAGACUUAAUCUGUUGCUGGCCUCACUGUGACAAAAGAAGCACAACCACAUUGACAUGUUGGGGGGGGUUGUAUGGUAUUAAGAUUCAUGGGUGCAGGCCAGUACUCCUGCAUUACUUCUGCUGAAUUUUCACCCAAGAGGAUCAUUUACAUUAUCAUAUUUUUAGUUCAUCAAAUAAAUUGUAACUAUAAAUGUUUUCAUAAAAAAUGCCAUAUUUUUAGUUUAUCAAAGUGUUUUUUCUUUUUUUUUUCUUUUUACUAAUCAUUGAUUCACACAUCAGCAGAAUAUGCUUAUUGGCCAGUGGGCUGACCAGACUUUUACACAGAUGGUAUGCUCUGUGGCCUCUUUAUUUGGUAAAUCUAUCUAGUAGCGGAGUGGUGGCUCUGAGGAUAGGGGUUUCCACUGAUAAUUGGAAGGUUGCCAGU